UGAAGUUAAUUCCAAAUUUACGGCCAAUUUACAAAUUUAGAAUAUAAAAAUCCCACACUUGAAGUGAAUCCCAAUUUCACAGCCACAGGCGCACCUGCACAGAUCGGAUAUUGAACAAAGCUAGAACUCUUGCAGCAGCGACUAGGGCAUAGUGAAAUCUUGCAUAAACACAAGGUCUAUCAAUGACAAGUAUGUUAGGGCAUCUGCCAUCAACAUCAGAGGUUCGAUCUUUGAUUCGCUCUUUGCUGCGAACUGCUCGCAGGUUUCCAGACUACAAUAUUCGAGAAUACAUCAAGAGGCGGACUAUUGAAGGGUGUAAACAAAAUCGGGAUCUUUCUGAACCAGAUGCUAUUGGUUAUGCUUUCAGGGAAGGUAAAUCACAACUGGAAGUGGCAUCAAGGCAGGCUAUGGUGUACUCUAUUUACGCUCCCAAUGUCAAGAGCAUAAUGGAGAUUGAACCUAAUAAAUCUGGGUAGUGUAAAUCUUGUGUAAAUGCAAGAGUUGAGAUUCUAAGAUGACAGAAAUGCAAUUUUGAAACCGUGAUGUAAAUGCUUUUUUUAGGGUUUGAUGUUUGUUGUUCGCAGUCCUUUAACAGAAAAUAUAAUUCAUAUAAAUUAUAAAUAGAAAAUUUGGAAGAUGAUAUUUAUUUAAGUGAA